AUGGCGACUCCCACUUUGUGUAACUUGCGUCGGAGCCCAGAUGAACUUCCCGGCGACCCUUCUCAAGAAGAAGAUGAAAACUGCGAUUCUGAAGAUUGGGCCAGCGACUCGUGUUCAUUCUCCUCAGCGACUAGCGAUUAUGAUGACCUUAAGCCUGAAUGGCUGGACAGGGUGCAGAAAAAUGGAGAGCUAUUUUAUUUGGAGAUGAGUGAAGAUGAGGAAGAAAGCCUCCUUCCUGAGACACCUACUGUGAAUCAUGUACGAUUCAGUGAAACUGAGAUUAUUAUUGAAGAAGAUGAUUACAAAGAAGGGAAAAAAUAUGAACCCAAACUCAAACGGUUUACCAAAAUUCUGAAAAGUAAAAGACUUUUACCCAAGCGCUGUAAUAAAAAAAAUAGCAAUGACACUGGGCCAGUAUCCAUUCUAAAGCAUCAGUCCAAUCAAAAAUCAGGAGUCAUUGUCCAGCAGAGAUACAAAGAUGUGAAUGUUUAUAUAAACCCCAAAAAGCUAACUGUCACCAAAGCAAAAGAGCAACUCAAACUUCUGGAAGUACUGGUUGGGAUUAUCCAUCAGACCAAGUGGAGCUGGAGAAGAACUGGGAAACAGGGAGAUGGAGAAAGGCUUGUGGUUCAUGGCCUACUGCCUGGAGGAUCUGCUAUGAAGAGUGGUCAGAUAUUAAUUGGUGAUGUUCUUGUUGCCGUGAAUGAUGUUGAUGUGACCACUGAGAACAUAGAGAGAGUUCUGUCUUGUAUUCCAGGACCUAUGCAGGUGAAACUGACAUUUGAAAAUGCUUAUGCUGUGAAAAAGGAAACGGCCCAACCAAAACCGAAAAAGGCACAGUUGCAUACAAGUGAUUUAGUCAAACUUCUAUGGGGAGAAGAGGUUGAAGAUACCCAGCAGAAUAUUCUGAACACUCCUCAUAUCAUUAUGUACCUCACACUACAGCUUGACUCGGAAACGUCAAAGGAAGAGCAGGAAAUUCUUUAUCAUUAUCCAAUGUCUGAAGCAUCUCAGAAACUUAAAAGUGUGAGAGGGAUAUUUCUCACACUCUGUGACAUGCUGGAAAAUGUAACUGGGACACAAGUUACUAGCUCAUCCCUUCUUGUCAAUGGGAAACAAAUUCAUGUGGCUUACUGGAAAGACUCUGACAAGUUAUUGUUAAUUGGCCUUCCUGCUGAAGACAUUCCUCUUCCUCAGCUAAGGAAUAUGAUAGAAGAUGUUGCUCAAACUUUAAAAUUUAUGUAUGGUUCUCUAGAUAGUGCAUUCUGCCAGGUUGAGAAUGUUCCUCGUUUGGAUCAUUUUUUCAACUUGUUCUUUCAAAGAGCACUUCGGCCUACCAAACUGCAUUCAAAUGUCAAUUACAGUACACAGCAGUACGAUGCUUCCAGUGCGGUACUUUUAGACAAUCUUCCUGGAGUUCGGUGGCUCACACUUCCACAGGAAAUCAAGAUGGAACUAGAUGCAGCAUUGAGUAACUUGGAAGCUGCAGAUUUUGCAGAACUGUCUGAGGAUUACUAUGACAUGAGGCGGCUAUAUACAAUUUUGGGGUCUUCUCUGUUUUACAAGGGUUAUUUGAUAUGCAGUCAUUUGCCUAAGGAUGAUCUUAUUGAUAUUGCUGUAUACUGUCGCCAUUAUUGCCUACUGCCUUUAGCAGCAAAACAAAGAAUUGGUCAGUUGGUAAUAUGGAGAGAAGUGUUUCCUCAGUAUCACCUUCAACCUUCUGAAGACUCAAACACUGAAGUCUUUCAGGAACCAGAAGGGAGAUAUUUUUUGCUAAUUGUCGGUUUGAGACAUUAUAUGUUAUGUGUAAUAUUAGAAGCUGGGGGCUGCGCAUCGAAAGCUAUUGGGAAUCCAGGACCAGACUAUAUAUACGUGGAUCAGGUCAAAACAACUCUACACCAGCUAGCAGGAGUAGAUUCCCACAUAGAUGAACGGCUAGCAUCUGCUCCACGUCCCGCUUUGUCUUGUGCUGACUGGUUCCUUGCUGGAUCACGUGAUAAACCAGAUAGUUUGACAACUUCACCUAUCCUCAGUAGGCUACAAGGUACUUCAAAAGUAGCAUCCUCUCCAACAUGCAGAAGAACACUUUUUGGUGACUAUUCCUUAAAGAUGCAUAAGCCCAGUCCUUCCAGAAGCAGUGGAGGAUCUGACAAUGGUUGUGAAGGUGGAGAAGGUGUUGGCCUUAGCUCCUACAGUACACCGGAUGCAAUACGGAAGCAAAGAGAAUCUCAGAGCUGUGAUGGUUCAGAGGAAAGUGGGGCCUUGCUUAAGUCUGGGAAAUGGAUGGGAAAUAUGAAUAGUCUUAAGAAGAUUUGGAAAGAUUUAGAGAUUGGAAGAUUUAAAGAUUGGAAGAGAAAGAUAGAGAGGUUGACAUCUGGUCCUGAGAACACACUUUUCCACUAUGUUGCCUUAGAAACAGUGCAAGGGAUCUUUAUUACUCCUACCCAUGAAGAGGUGGGACAACUAAGCAGCUCUGUCCACUCUCAGCUAGUAAAGAAUUUCCAUCAGUGUUGUCUUUCAAUUCGUGCAAUUUUCCAACAGACGUCGAUGGAGGAGAAAAAGAAAGCAGUAAAUGGUGGAGAUCAUUUGGAUUAUACAAAUUCAGUGUCCUCUCUUAACCCUGUGAAAGAACAUGGUGUCUUGUUUGAAUGCUCACCUGAAAACUGGACUGAUCAGAAGAAAGCACCACCAGUUAUGGCUUACUGGGUAGUAGGGAGACUCUUUCUUCAUCCCAAACCUCAAGAACUUUACGUCUGUUUUCAUGAAUCAGUCGCAGAAAUUGCUGUUGAAUUGGCUUUUAAAUUGUUUUUUGGAUUAAUCUUAUGA